ACCUUUGACUCUCUAUUUCUCUCUGUGCUUUAAACACCCCUUUCUCUUGUCCGCUCCAACUCCUGCCUCUCUUUCUCUCUGAUUCUUCACCUCACCAUUUAUUUUCUUUCACUUUUCUCUGUGAUUUUCUGUUACGGCGACACCAUGGUUAGAGACGAUCUAUACAUCACGGCUCCCAGCUUAUUCCGGUGUCCUAUAUCACUCGACGUCAUGAAAUCCCCGGUAAGCCUCUGCACCGGAGUUACCUACGACCGUUCCAGCAUCCAACGCUGGCUCGACAACGGCCACAACACCUGCCCGGCCACCAUGCAAGUCCUCCACAGCAAGGAAAUCGUCCCCAACCGCACCUUGCACAGGCUCAUCCAGAUCUGGGCUGACUCGGUCCGUCACCGAGUCGACUCACCCGAGUCCCCAACCUCCACCGAGUCCGUCCUCUCCAGAAACCAGGUCCUCUCCGCCAUCACCGAGUUCAAGACCGGCGAACAAACUCGCCUCGACUCGCUUGCUGAAAUCGUGCGUUACGCCAAAGAUUCCGAACAGAAUCGCGAUUUCCUCGCCGGAACAGAAGGUUUCGCGCCGGUGCUGGUCAGUUUCCUCGUCAAUGACAAUGGCGGAGUGCAACGGAACGUGGAGUUUCUCGAAUUGGUUGUUCAGGCGUUGGAUUUGAUUCUCAGUAAGAAGGAGAAAAGUGAGGAGUUGAGAAACUCGGUGCUGCAGAGCCAGAGCAUAGACUCGGUGCUUCUCGUUCUGCAAAAAGGAAGCUCUGAUUCCAAAAUCGCAUCGGCUAGGGUUUUCACAUCCAUCGCAGUGGACGCUGAAUCGAAGCUGUUGAUAGCGGCAAAGGAAGGCGUAGUAUCGGAAUUGCUCAAACUGAUUACGCCGGAGAACGAUCUGAACCUAAUCGAGAGCGCUCUGUCGUGCUUAAUCGCAAUCUCGACGCCGAAGAGGAACAAGGUGAGGCUAAUCCACCUCGGAGGUGUGAAGGCGCUGUCAAGCCUCCUCUCAGCGUCGAAUUUGAGCGUGUCAUCGGCGGAGAAGGUGCUGAAGCUUCUGGAAACGGUGUCGUCGACGAGGGAAGGGAGGGCCGAGAUAUGCGAGGAUGCGCUAUGCGUGGCGGCGAUAGUGAACAAGGUUUUGAAGGUGUCGACGGUUGCGACGGAGCACGCGGUGACGACGCUGUGGAGUGUGUGUUAUCUGUUCCGGGAUCAGAAGGCGCAAGAAGCGGUUACGAAGGCGAAUGGUUUGACGAAGAUUCUGCUUCUGAUGCAGAGCAAUUGCUCACCGCAAGUUCGACAAAUGUCUGUGGAUUUGCUUAAGAUCUUCAGGGUUAAUUCUAAGUCAUGCCUUUCUUCUUAUGAUACCAAAACUACACAUAUUAUGCCCUUUUGAUGAAAUUUUCAUACCAUUUGUAAAUCAAAGGAAAGUUUUGUUAGUAAAUACAAGAAGGAAAAAAGAAGAUGAUUCAUUUGGUUA